GAAGGGGUUAUGUUACCAAUGGUAGAUGCGAAGAAAUCUCCCAUAACUUAUGACUUCAACACCUAGCGACGGAUGGAAUCUGGAAGAUAUGUAUGUCCACCUACCAAAAUCACUGACCAUGAUGGUGGACCUUCCAGCUCAAGGUUACCAAAGGCUGCAAUUUUGAUGUCGGGUAGUUCAUCAUUGACAGCAGUCAGAACUUCUACGAUAGGCAGAACCAAACAACAAUUCAUCAACACUGCAUGCGAGAGAGUACAAGGUGGUGUGGAAAAAGAGAACAUUCCAGAUAAAAUUCUUUGGAAAUUUGAUUGCGACAUCGGUGUGUCAAACAAUCCAGACGUAGUGAGCGGAACAUUUCCAGGAGAAUUAGUGAAUGAAAUGGCAUCGUCAUGAUGAGUUAACCAACGAAAAGACAGUUUUGUAUAUUGACAAUUCAUGUAAUUUAUGUAGAUAAAUCUCCGCAAGAUGAAUGGAGCAAUUGAAUAAUUAUAUAUGACGGUUUCUAUGA